AUGCAAUCGUCUCGUUUGAACACAAGGCUGGCCUCGGCCGCGCGCGCAAUCACGGCCACCAGGGCGUUUCACGUGUCGCCUCCAAGGAGCAUCGUUCACAAUGUCAAAACCGUCGAGGAAUUCCAGAGGGCAGUAGCUGAGAAUGACCGCGUUAUUGUUGAUUGCUUCGCCGCGUGGUGCGGUCCCUGCAAGGCCAUUGCUCCCAUUCUUGAAAAACACUCCGAGGACGCCGUCUUCAAGGACAGAGUCCACUUCGUCAAGUUUGAUGUUGACGAAUUGCCGGCCGUGACUCAAGCUCUGGGCGUUCGCGCCAUGCCUACCUUCUUCUUCUUCAAGGACGGCAAGAAGGUGGACGAGAUGGUUGGAGCCGACCCUCCCGCCCUGCUGGAGGCCCUGAAGAAGGUUGCGGCAUAG